AUGGGGAACUUUAAUAUGCUUCCUUACGAGAUCAUGUUUGACAUUUUAAGUCCUUUACCAACUGAAUCUGUUCUGGGAUGCAAUCAUGUACUAGGGCUUAAAGCAUUUUAUUAUAGUGAAUAUGAUGAUAAUUGUCAGGAGGCACCCUUUAACAGAAGAAGAAGGAUGAAUUUAAGCUCUCCAUUUGACGAUUAUUAUUUUAAUGGAUCAUGCAAUGGCCUUAUUUGGUUCGAUGCAUGGCUUAGAGACGAAAUUGGUAAAUGGCAUUUUGGACCUGCUCAUAUCUGUAAUCCAAUCACCAUAGAAUAUGUUAUCCUUCCAAGAUUUAAAGAAUCUUCCUGGUGGACUGGAUUUGGUCACAUUCGUUCGUUCAAUGACUACAAGGUUGUUAGGAUAUAUAACUCGAAAAAGAGAAACCUAAAUGAAGAAAUUGGAAUUGGAGUUGUUCAGGUGUACACUCUUGGGAGUGUCAGUGGAUGGAGAAAUGUGGGAACGAUCAACAUCGGAAUGAAACGAUUUUCACACAAUGCUGCUAUGUUUGCAAAUGGAGCUCUUUUUUGGAAGCACAACACUGGAACCACAUGCACUGUUCUUGCUUUCCAUUUGGCUGAUGAAAAGCCUAGCCAACUUCCACCAUCACCACCUUAUUUGACACAAACUGAUGAUUCAUAUAUCUCUACUAGAUUAGGGGUUUUAGGUGAUUUUCUAAGUGCUACUCAUUAUUACGAUUCUGGUGAUUGUGACAUAUGGUUAUUAAAGCAGAAUGAAGAUAAUGAUGACUUCAACUGGAUUAAAGUGUUUAGUUUUGACAAUGAAAUUUCACGGCCAUUCGAGUUCACGAAGAGUGGUAGGCUUUUGUGCUAUGGGAAAAGUAAAAUUUAUUAUAGUUACGAUCCAAAAGCUUCGUCUGCCAAAAUCAAUAUCAGUUUUGGCAAGUCAAUUUGUGAAGCGAUUCCUCAUAAGAAUACGAAUUAUCAAGAGAUGCAAAAGUUGUCAUCUGAUGCAGUUUACAGAGCUACGUGGAGCUAUGGUGAUGAGAACGGUAAUACUUCAGCUGGUCAUCCUAUUGGAAAUAGCCAACACUGUCAUUUCUUAUUAUUCAGAUGUCCUGCUCCAGUUUACACAGCUCACAGUAGAAGUGCAACGGACUGCAUCCUUACUACUGUUAAAUGA